CUCAAUUGUAUGCAAACGUCGCAUUUUGUUUGUAUCCGGCCACUCACGUCAAAUCAGCCUUGAGCGACAGAAAAUAGCCAAACAAUAUGGCGGGAUCUAGCCUGGUGAGGGUAAAGCUUGUAUCAGUGGCUUUCAUGACGAUUGCUCUGGGGGUCAUCUUACUCCAGUUUGCUUCUAACGUUCACGAGAAGUCAUGGCAACGCAUCCUAGCUGGAUGUGCCGGGAUAAUCAGCGUACUGAUCUCUACUGUGUCAGUAUGGAUGACGUUGCAGCGGAUAUCGUACGGACAUGGUCUCAUUUCAGUCUACUCCCAUUUCCUCCUCAUGAUGCUGAUGGUCUUCACCCGCUAUCCAAAGGUCAAGAGGUGCAAAGCUGCUUGGAAGGACCCCCGAAAAGCUCAGGAAGACUACUUGAAAACUAUCCUCAAGGCAAACCUGAACACAGACUACGCGAGAGAUUUCGGACUCGCGUCAGUGACGUCAUUGACGGACUUGAAGAAGCAGCAUCCAUUGACGACUUACGAACGUUACAGGCCGUACGUUGAUCGUAUGGCGAAAGGUGAGCGCAAUGUCUUGACGGGUGAACGCACUGAGAGGUUGGCUCUCACUUCAGGCACCACCGGGAAGUCCAAGAUGAUACCAUACGGUAAAUCUUUAAUGACCAUUUACUCUCAACUCAUUGCGUUAAGCAUUGAGCUUCGGGUUAACGCGUUCGGUAUGGGUAAUUUUCUACAGCGAGAAACCACCUUGUACACGGCGCCAAAGCUGAGAUAUACCGAGGCUGGUAUUCUGAUGGGACCUGCGUCCAUGAUUCCGCCAUCCAUGAAAGUUAUUCUGGUGAUCUAUUCGUCUCCAGCAGAUGCCUUCCAGAUAGAAGAUCCUAUCGACUCCAUUUACGUGCAUCUCCUGUUUGGACUCCGGGACAGAAACCUCCGCUCUCUAAACUGCAACUUCACACCCGCGCUGAUAUCCGCAAUGCGAAUGGUUGAACAACGCUGGCCCGAUAUCGUUCGCGACACCGAGAUCGGGACGGUCACGACUACAAAGGUGUCACCACAGAUUCACCAAGCCCUCGUGAGAGCGAUGGAUGGUGGUGAUCCGGAGCGAGCUGCGGAGCUGAAGAAGGAAUUCGAGAAGGGCUUUGAGGGCAUACUGAAAAGGGUUUGGCCAUACAUGACACACGUACAAGCAAUCGAUCCUACUGGCGUAAAAGAGAUGCUCCUGAAAUCAUAUGUAAAAGGUUUACCACUUUUCGGUCAUUCCCUAGUAGCCACUGAAGGUAUCCUUGGUAUUAACCUAUGGCUGCAUAAUCAGGGUAAGGAUGAAUUCGUUCUCAUGCCAAACGUCUGCGUCCUGGAAUUCAUCCCAGAAGAGAAUAUAGAUGAAGAUCAGCCGGAGACACUUCUCAUGGACGAACUCGAAGUCGGAGGCGUGUACGAGAUCGUCAUCACACAGAUAUUCGGUAUCUAUCGGUUUAGAUAUGGUGACGUCAUCAAGGUUAAGCGAUAUCACUUCAAUACACCCGUAGUUGAAUUUAUGUACCGAUCAGGUCAGAUCCUUAAUGUCCACUCCGAGAAGCUUGACCAAGGUACGGUGAAGAGCGCCAUCGAAGCUGCUCUAGGUCACUGGUCAAACGUGAAGCUAGAGGAAUACGCUGUAGCAGAGAGCAUGCUUCUAGAUGAGCUUGUGAUGGGGGAAGCCGACCCUUGUCCGUACUACUUAGUGUUCCUGGAACUUGACAAGGCUCCCGAUGAUAUGAACAACAUCUCCCUCGAGAAGGUUGAUGAAGAGCUCUGUCAGCAUUCCUUCUCAUACAACUCAUUCCGUGAGAAGGGAAGCAUUGCCCCUCCUUUGGUGCACAUCGUGAAACCCGGCACAUUUGAUCGUCUGCAUGAUUUCAUCCUGGAUAACAGUACAACGACUGCAAACCAGUACAAGAUACCGAGGAAGCUUCGAACCACGGCUACACUUGAACUUAUGCUUGACAGCUCUAUCCGCAGUAAUGACAGUCGUUAAGCCUUGUUAUGAUUAUAUUUUUGUUAAGGGCUUAGAAACAUUGUAGCAAGUGCUUUAUAAAUGAAAUAUAUUAUAAUUAUUAUUAUUGUUAUAGAUAUGAAGCGGCAAACCGCGGCUGUCUUUUAAUGAUGACGUAAUUUGUAAUACGCUUCACACUUCUGUAUCACACCAUCCUAAGUAAAUAUACGUUAGACCUUUGUUGCGCUUAGUUGCUAUUCAUUUACACGUGUCAUUUCUUAUAUAACUUGGAAAUAUACCUUGGAAGUAGGCUUUUAAAGUUAAAACCUUGUUUGCCUCUCGUUGAUAUUAGGAUGAAGAAUCCAUAUUGGGACUUACCGCUCUUUGGGUGGUAUAAGGGGUGGCAGGUUCCCUCGCCCCUCCCAAUGUGAGACUUUGUAGAUAUAUUACUUUUCGUCUUUCUUCACUGCCCAACUUUUUCACGCGUUUGUCUGAGUGGUUGUCUCUGUUUUUUAACCAGUAAAUAUUAUUGUGUUGUGAAAGUUGCAUUUAUUUAAAGCUAAGUGCAAAAAAGCAUUAUGUAUCUCGUUUCUACAUGAUCCGAAAUAGUUUGUAUUUUUUCUCUAUGUAGUCAACAUUAAAACUAAAUCAUAUAUUCGCUUUGUAAUGAAACGGUGUCGGUGUGGGGCUGUAAACGAUGGCACCCACCCCCCAAAAAGUUCACUAGUUAUUGAACUUUACUGACAACUGUGACGAAUCAAAUGGGAUUAUUAUAAGAAAAUCUGGAGAUAGUCUCUAAACUGUUUCAGAUUACCCCUUUACUCCUCCCUAUCCACCAGGGGCCCGUUUCUCGAAACCAACGGCAAGACAGUCAUAACUUUGUCCGCCAACUACGAAGAUGUCUCUGGUCUUCCUUAUUCGUUACACGAAGAGCUUACUUGCUAGUAUCUCGUGAAAUCAAUACUAUCAACGAGAAGAGGAGCCAAGACAUAGCCUAAGUCGCAUUUCCACCGAAUUAAAAAAAAAACGUAAUUUUAGGAAAACUGCAAUUAUUUAGUUGAAUUAGGAACAUAAAAAAAGGUUGAAAAUGCAUUGUAGUAUCAGGGAAUAAAUUAUGUGUGGUUAGAUUAUGACAUAAAACUACUUGUAAGAUAUAACUGAGUAUUUCAUUUAAUGACCGGUGAAUCAGUGUUUUAUAUUAGAUGGGUACCCCCCCCCCCCCGAUACUUUCAUUUGAUAGUUUUUUUUUAAUACACCCUUAUAAUAUUCUUAGUGUAACUACGAUGUUAUGACAGUUUUUGUCCAACGUUUUAGGCUUCAGAACAAUAUUAAUAUGAAGAAACAUUCCAAACGUUAAAACAGAUGUUUAAACCAUUCAGUUUACACAUUUGAAGAUGAAUUUAUUUAGAAAUUAAUAUGGGUAUGAAAACUAGAUAAUACACUUCUAACUAUGGCUUGCCUGCCGUGGCAGAUUAAUUAUUCCUUCGAGGAUUUUAUAAGUGGAAAUAAACGCGUAUAAUCAAAGUAGAAAAAGCUUUAGAUAUAAACAUAAGAUUUUCAAAUAUAAAAAAAGGAUAACUCUGUUUGAGUGAACAGAUCAUAGCUAGUGGGUUACUUGUCUUUUUUUUGCCAGCCACAGUUUACUCUAUAAAUAACAUGUGAUGGCGCUGCCCAUGGACUAAAACGUUAUGACGGUGUCGGAGGUGUCAUAACUUCUUAGUCAGGAUGUUUUCGUUGAUCUUGGCAAAGAGGGAUUCGUGAAACACGUGGCGGACAAGUAGCUUACUAACGCUGAUUUAUUCAAGAAGUUAGACUUAUGACAGUUUAGAGAAACGGGCCCCAGAUACUCCCCUGUAUACAAACAUCCUCACAACAAGAAGAAAAAAGCAUACACAAAUUGAGUAAUUUUUUGAAACAUUUAUUAAGAAAAUUUCAAGUAAUACAGUUCAUCGAUAACAUCAUCUUGACAUCCAUCUCUUCCCAUUCGCAAUACAAUUGAAAAGGAUUAUUUCUUCUACAAUAAUUGAUACAUCUUUAUAAUCCCAUUCUUUUCUCAGUUAGCACAUAUUUUUAUACAAUUUGUGGUUCUGGCAAAACCCCAUCUACGGCAGGACAUAAAAAUGUAUACACCACAUUUAUAAAGUUUCAUUCUAUUUUACUGGCCAGCAGUAUAUUAUUGCUUGAAAGUAGUAUUUUAUAUACUAUACUGUUUCUAAAAUGCUUAAAAAACUGAAAUACUAUGAUAAAACGUAAUGGUGAAAUGAACUGAAAUGUACUGUUUCUAGACUUGUUCUUAUGCAGCUAUAAAUACCAUGUUUAAACCUAUAAAACUGUCUUUUUUUAAAUCAAUUAAAUACCCUUUCAAAAGUGCCACACAUUCACAAAAGAUAAGUUUGAAAUGUGCCCACUUGAAAUUAUUGCUCGAAUUGACAUGUACACACAAUAUAGUGUAGCAUUGCAAAUUACAAUGAUUAUACACAUGACUAG